UUUUUCGCCGAUUCAUUGUUGAUUGUUUUAUAUAUACUUUAUUUAAUCAUUAUCAUCAUUAACAAUUAACCAAACCAAAAUAUUGCCUUGACACAAAGACACUCAAGAUUCCGCCAAAACCCUUUUUUUGUAUUCUAUUGAUACAUGUGUGCCAUUUUUUUAUGAUAAAAAUCUCAUUUUGUAAAUUCAUAAUUUAUUCAAAAUGUCAUCAUUCUAUUUGCUAAUUCAUAGUAAUAUUUUCGGUAUCAUCUUCAUAUUCUGGUUGAAUAUCACUAUCAACACUUCAUCAAUCGUACAACAUCAAGCAUACAUUAAGCUGAUAAAGUUAUCAAACAAUAAUAAUUUCAUACUAUUAUUGUCAUGUCCAAGCAAUGAUUAUUAUGAUGAUUCCAUUAUUCAUCUGAAUUCACUAAAUACGGACACGGAACCAUUGAAUGUAUUCACAAUCAAAUCAGAUGGUCAUAUUGAAUCAAUUAAUAAUUUAUUACAAACACAACAUUUCCAUGGAAUGAUUACAAAUUCCAAAUGGAAUCAUGUGAUUACAAUUUAUGCAACCGGUAUUAUUGCUGUUGUGAAGAAAAAGAUCUCUUUGAUGAUAUUUACCGAUUCAAAUGAAUUCUAUUUAACACCACGCAUUUCUUUUGAUGAAAAUCAUCAAAAUAAUAAUUCAAAUCCGCAUUUUAUCAUCAUUGAUAAUCAAUUACCGCAUCGAUUUUUUAUACCAAAUCUUUUUCCUUUAAAUUCUCGUCGACAUCGACGUAGUACAAACAAUUCAUCAAUUUAUUAUUGUGGUAUCAAAUUAAGAAUCAAUUAUGAUUUAUUUCAAGAAUUCAAUGGUGAUUUAAUUUCCACUGUUCAACAUAGCCAAUUUGUGCUACGAUUUCUUAAUCAGAUAUUUUUUCAAACCAAAUGGUCAGAAAAUGGAUUUGAAAAUUCAUCAAUCGAUAUGGGAAAAUUUGGUGUAGUGCCAUGUAAAAUAAUUAUUGAAACUGAACCGCAACAAUUUACGAUACAAUCCAAUUGGACAUAUUCAGACAUGGACAAAUAUAUUCGAUCCAUUUCUGAUGGUGAUUUUUGCCUAUCACAUGUAUUCACCAAUGUGAAUCUUUACAAUAUUAAUGGAAUGACAUAUAAAUCACGUAUUUUCGAUGAAAAUAUUAACGGUGGUAUAUCAAGUUUUGGUCAUUGUGAAAAUCCAUGGGAAAUUUAUUGUAUCCUAAGUGUUGUACAUGAAUUCGGUCAUAAUUUCGGCUCAUCACACGAUAUUGAAAACGAGGAUUGUAUGCCUGAAGAAGGUGGAUCUUAUAUAAUGAGCUUUCCAUUUAAUGAUAAAAAAGGACCGAAUAAUUUUAAAUUUUCACCUUGCUCAAAUCGUGCCAUUUAUCAUAAUUUAGCAAAGAAAAAAGGACAAUUCAUUACCAUGUAUUUAGAAGGUUCUUGUUCUAAUAAAAAUAAAUGUGGUGAUGGAAUUCUUGAAAAAGGGGAAGAAUGUGAUGAAGGUCCUAAAGGUGGUCAUUGUUGUGAUAAAAAAUGUCAUUUGAAACCUGAAGCCGAAUGUAGUAAAAGUCAACCGAAUGCUUUAUGCUGUAAUGAUGAAUGUAAAAUUCGCCAAAAAGGUGAACAAUGUCUGCCGAAAGAUUUGAAUUUUUGUCUAAAUAAUGCCGUAUGUGAUGGUUUCUCAUAUGAAUGUCCUAAUCGUAAUAAAUUACCUGAUAAUACUUCUUGUGGUGAUAAACAUUUGGAUGGAUUUUGUUAUAAUGGUUAUUGUAAAAUGUGUGAACGACGUAUCGAUGGAUGUUAUUUUUGUUGUGUGGAUAAAUUCCAAAAAACCUGUAUAACAAACCCAAUAAUGAUGCCAGCUGGUUCAACAUGUCAUCUGAAAGACUCAUCUAUGCCUGGUAGAUGUGAUCUACAAGGCAAAUGUCAAGAUUUAAAUUCGAUUAUCGGUACUACUGAAUUGCCAUCUACAACGAUUCCUAUUGAAAAAAUUCCUUUGGGUCCUUCAAUACAAGAAAUUAUUGCCAUUGUCAUUAGUAUUACGAUAAUAAUUCUUGUCGCAAUACUAAUAUGUGCAUAUAUGUUGGCAGAAAAAAAUUCAUUUGAUGAUGAAUAUGAUGGUGGAAGUAAAGUCGAAUUGAUUAGCUCGAAAAAACGAGGUUCAUCCAAUUUGACUUCAUUGAUGGCCGUAAAUGUUAGAAAUUCAUAGCAACAAUGAAUGAUUUUUUGUUUUAUGCUGAAAUUUUUCUUUGACAAUCAAUUUAAACACACUAGUCACUGUUGUUUUUUUCAUCUUAUGAAUUUAUAUCGACCACCACUACACUGUAUAUCAACGGGUAAUUUAUAAACAUUGUAAAUUGUACACAAAUUGAUUUUUCAUUCAUUUGAAUUGUCAAAUAAUAAAAUUGAUUAGAAUUAUCA